GCAUGGUCAGUGAUGGUCAAACCCGACACAAUGGAGAAAGCAACAAAGAAGCCCAGCGCCCGGCAGUUUGGAUGCUCAGGCUAUCUGAUUGUCCUCAUCUUCUUGUUUGCAUCAGCUACUCUCCUUGCAGGAUCCGUGUUGGUUUAUCUUCAGCAUAUAAGGAGAGUUCAGCUACCACACCAAGUGGUGUUCUCCCAUGACGUCACGGAGCCCGACCGCUACCUCGAGGGGAAGAUGACCUUCACCGACACUGAAGGCGGGAAGACAAAGGAAGUCACGCAAAAUGUCUUCACGGACGAGACAAAACGAGAACAGGUUCUCCACAUUUCCGGCGAGAGGAUGGAAGUUUAUGUGCUACAAAAGUUUGCAGAGGGUCAGCAGAUGGCAGUGGUGUUUUUGACCAACUCAACAUCAGAGGGCAGUAUCGUCAUGUGUACUGAUGCUCCGCUGGAAGGAGAAUACAUUCCGAAAGCUCAUCUGAUGAAUGCAAAAGAGCAUGAUUUUGAGGGAACCAUGAAAAUGGCAGAAAACUUCCACCCUGCUAAAAAGACGCUCGAGUUCCAGUACCGUCGCUGUGCCGACAUCCCUAAGAACAUGUUCAGCACUGACGUAAGCACGUCGAACGUCGAUCACGAGACACCAUCUUCACCCCUAGUGAGAACGAAGCGGGACGUGCCAUAUGGCUCCUGGUGCGGCCCGGGUCUCGGGGGACUUGGCCUAUCCUGCUGCCCUGCGUGCAACGCACCCUAUCAAAGUUGCGUUGCCAACACCUGUGCUCCCCUCACGGACGAAGUGGACGAGUCCUGUUUCACGUUUAAGAUGUGCGAAGAAUGUACCAGCCACAGAACAUCUGGACUGCCGUCAUGCUUCUGCAUCAAAGACUUCAGCGAUGACCUUGAGAGUUCUCGUUGCAAAGGUCGAUGGGGACUUAUGAAUGGACCAGGUUACGGGAUGAACAUCGACUAUCAUUCCAAUGGUAUGAACAAUGUGGUUGAGAAUCGGGUGAAUGCGGCGCAAGAUAUGGCCAAAGUCCACACAGAUGUGGCCGAAGCCCACACAGAUGUGGCAAUAUCAACGGCUGAAAUAGCCAACACACAAGCUGACACCGUCAAUGCUAUGGCCAAGCUUCUCAGUGAAGCGGUCAACUCAGGUGGACCGUCAGAUAUGCCUGUACCGGACAUCCCUGCUCCCGCCUAUCCAUCAAGCAUCGGAAGUCUGGCUUCGCUUAAGACCGCUGAGGCGACUGCCGACGCCCAACGGGAGGUUCAGGGUGCGCUCGCCGAUCUCGCGAAGGCUAACCUCAGGGCCAAUGUCCUUGGGAGAAAGAAGCGCCAAAUAGGUUAUAACUCGAUCCCAAUGUCGUACGACCGUCGUGCAUGUUUGAAAUACCGUAGUCGUACCAUGACUGAGUUAAUGCAUCAGAGAUGCUGGUGUCCCGUAUUCAUCCGUGUUAAGUACGUCUGCGGAUAUCAGCAAGUGGCAGGUUCCUGCAAGACUACCGCUGAUGGAGAGAAGUGCGCCGUCAAGUAUCAAAUCUGUAGCAGGAUCAUGUCCAAAAACACCCUGAAUGCCGUGAGCUUUCAGAAAUGUCCAAGCAUCCCGUGAUGCAUGUUUCCAAAUAAAGGCUGUUUUGACAAGA